GCUGUGUAAACUGGACCCCUUCCUGCUAUAAAACAGUUGGGGACAUCUACGUUUGAUCAUUCUACACAGAACAGCUACAAUUAUGAUGUCCCCUGUGUUCCUGCUCCUGCUCUCUCUUGCCGCCACUGGCUGCAGCGCCUUUGGUGGCAUGGGACGCUUUCACCAUAAUCCCAUGUUUGGCGGGAUGGGGAGGUUUGGCGGGAUGGGGAGGUUUGGCGGUCAAGGUCAAGGUUUCCCCGGCAGAUUUGGAGGUCAAGGUCAAGGUACUUCAGCUGGUCCCGCGACUGGUCGAGCCUCUGCCGACGUGUGUAGCGGGAAGGGUACUCUGGGGCAAAGAUUCGCCGUCAACGUUGCCGUUAACGACGCUAACAACGACGGUUUUGUCACGGGCCCAGAGGUCUACAACGACUCAUUACUCUACGACACCAACAGAGACGGCUGCAUCACUCAGGCCGAAUGGGAACGGCGCUGGAUUGGGCAACUCCACUUUUCCAAGGAAUACGAUAACCGUCCAGCCUUUAUGGCACCAAGCAACGAUACUGCAUGCCCCAUCAGGUACGCCAGUUUCCAGAACGACACCAGCUUCAGGAUGUCGCUGGACACUUUCAUUGGGGAAAAUCUGCAGGUGCUCGUGAACACAUGCCAGGGCGACAACUCUCUGCUCAUCUCCAACUGCGACUGUCUACAGUUGUUGGGCGCUUGUGUGAACGACGUUUCGCUCAGCGCAAACUCCGUGUGUAAGGCGUACGUGGCUCAGCCAGUUAAUGCCACCACUACAGCCGCCCAAGGUUGAUUGGGACGUCAGAAACUGAAGUACCCACCUCCGUGGUCUUAGCUUACUUUACUUUUACUUUUUCAUCCUCUGUUGCCGUCAAGCGUCGAGUUAAGAUGCAGUUUUCUGUGGCAGGCCAGCUCCGCAGCUCUUUCAAUUGUGAUGUUAUGUUUUCUUAGGGUUUCCUUGACCCCAUCGAUCGUGGCCUUCCUCGUCCUUUAUAGCUUGAGUGCUUGGUGCUGUAGGCUCUCGGGGCUGGCUGGUCAUGUGACAUGCGUAACAGGUGGCCAAACCAUUUUAUCCUCUGUCUUUCUAUGUAACGUAGGCAGGACCCAGUGCCGAUAGCUGCUCUUACUUCUUCAUUUCUCUGUCUGUCUCGUCUUGUGAUGUUAAGGGUUUUGCGGAGACAUUUCAUUUCGCAAGGGGUGAUUUUUAUUUCAUGUGUUUUGCUUAAAGUCCAGGUCUGACACUGAUAACAUAAUGUUGGUAUGAAUAUUGAGGUGAUAAGCUGUCUCUUGGUGUCCAUGGAGAUAUUUGGAUGAGAUAGUGGUUUUAGCACCCGCUAAAAACCCCUCCCUUUCCCUCGAGAAAUAAAUUGAUUGCAAUUUAGGUAUAAAGCUUUGUUGGGGGCUUUCACUAACUGUGGGACAUUUCCCUGGAUCCGGCUGGUAAUGCAUUUCAAAAAAAUAAAUAUUCUGGGAAAAAAUA